AUGGCAUUCACUGACCAUGUCAUAAUCUUCAUUACUCUUGUGGUCUUCUAUAGUGUCACUCUCAUUGUAUGGAAUAAAUCAUGCUGUAACUCGUGUACAUUUUUCUCCUCCUCAGUGUCCAGUGAGGAGUACUCUGUGUUUGUGCUGACAGGAGGUUCUGUUACACUGGAUAUACCAACUGAUGAACUGCCACAGUUUAAUACACUGGUCUGGAUGAAGGGUAAAGCAGAAAAUAUAGUGCGUUUUACAAGGGAGCCUAGAGUUAUAAAACCUUACAGUCCAUAUAUGGACGGAAUGGAGUUCAAUACUGAAACGUUCUCUCCAACACUGAAGAACAUGCAGAAGACAGACAGUGGAAUCUACAGAGUACGAACAACUAGAGAAAAUGAGACCGAUGAUAUUGUAUAUGGAGUAUCUGUUAUAAAUGCAGUGGAGUCUCCUGUCCUGACUGUUGUCUCUAACUGGUCCAGCAUUGACUUUUGUACUGUAAUCGUCACCUGUAGAGGUCAAGACCUCACACUCAGCUCUACCUAUCAAAUUGACAGCUGCUCUCGUGUGGAAAUGGCAUCCUCCCGCAUCAUCACGCUCAUCCUGCAUUUUACUGAGUACUCCAUAAUCUGUAACCAUAGCAACCCAGUCAGCUGGAAGAGUGAAACAAAGAUACUGAACAACUCUGUUCCCUUCAUAAAAGUAAAUGCAUGUCCUAUUCUAACAAAUGCACACACAUAUUUUGGGGAUUGAAAUUUUGUAAACAGUUUGUGUCAACUAUUAGUCAAAUGAAGACAUUUUAUGCUAAUUUAAACUGAACUUGUGCUUCAGUGAUUGUGUUAAAAUAAAUCUUUCCAGACUUUUGCAGAAUAAGGUAUUUGAAACUGUUUUGCAGGUGUAGCCAUGUCUACCCCUGCUGGUGUGUCUCUGUGUCUGCUGAAGACAGUGCUGUUCUCUGUACCCCUGAUGCUCAUGAUGUCUGCAGUCAUAAUUGUUCACAUCAGAGAGAAACUGAGAUGUUGUUAAACUUUCUAUUUCUCUCUCUCUCUGUGUUGGAGUGGAUGCUGGGAGUGAGUGUAUGGAGCGUUGUGAUUGUGAGCGUGAGUUGUGACUCUUGUGCUUUAGGCGAGUUUUCCACUCUUACUUUAUAUCUUGGUUCCUAUUUGGUUUAUUUUUGGUUUUGUUAAGUUUAGGAUUAUUAGUUGCUUUUUAGUAGAAUUAGCAGGUUGGGGAGCUUUUAGGGGGGUUUGUGGAUUGGGCCGUUCUGUUUCCUGUGUUUGUGAAGCAUGACAUCCUCAAGUGCACGGGGUUUGGGUUCACUCACGCGACGUCAUGGAGUGAAGGUGGCAUCUUUGGUAAGUGUGGAGGAUUGUUGUUUGGCUUUGGGUGAAGUUGUGGGGCACGAGAAUGUCCUAUCUGCUUCUAGAAUGAAUAGUGCAACAGUAAUCUUUCUUAUUUCAGUAGAUAAGGCAAAUGAGGUAGUUCAAAUGGGAAUUGUAAUUGAUGGUGCCGUCACUCCUGUUCUUCCACUCUAAUUACCGUCAAAAAAAGUUACUCUUUCAAAUGUUCCCCCGUUUAUGAGUGACGAGAUUCUAUCGCAAGCAUUGUCUCUAUGGAUCAUGUGAUAUGAAUCAUAAAAAUUCCAAUUGGGUGUGACUGUGACUCUCAAUUAUUGAAACACAUUGUGUCCUUUAGAAGGACAGAGUAUAUGAUUGUGAAAGAUGACGUGGAUUUAGUCCUGGUGCUUGAUUUUCACGUGGAGGAUUUUGAUUAUGUGGUUUUUAUAACCACUGACAAAAUCAAGUGCUUCGGCUGUGGUAAAGUGGGGCACCUGGUCCGUGCUUGUCCCAAUAAAAAAAGAGAAAAUUGAUCGCUUAUCUAAUGCAAAUGGGGACAAUACAAUCAACUCUGUUGAGCCGCCCACUGAUGAACCUGAUGCAAACUCGGCUGGGUAGAGUCAGCGGCAGUGCAGGUGACUGAUAAUGUGGGAUUUCAUUCUGCCAAAAUCACGGAUAAUGGUAAUUGUAAGCAAUUAAAUAUAUGAAUCAUGCAAAAGAUCUUGAAAAUGAUGGAGACAAAGGUGAUUCAAGUGGUAAAAUGGCUAUGCAGUUGGAAAUGUUCGGGAAGUUGACGGUAAUGAAACUGAGUUGGAACAAACAGUGUUUAAGGUGCCAUUGAAAAGAAAGAGGUCAGAUAGAGUUUCACUAAGAGUUUUAGUCCAAUUUCUUAUCAAGUUGAAGAAAUUGUGAAAGGAAGACUCUUAAAUGUAAGAGCAAUUUUCAAAAAUCAUUUGUGUAUAUGCACGAAUUUCAGCUGUGGAGAGAAUGUUGUUUCUAGAUACACUUGAUUCUAAUUACAAAGUUGCAGUACUAGGAAUAUUUAUUUGUAGGCAGAGAUUUUAAUUGUACAGAAAAUUGGAAUGAUAGAAAUCAUAUUGAGCUCCAUAUGCCUUCACGUGAGUGUCUAAUUAAGAUUAUUAAUAUGCAAGAAUUAAGUGAUAUUUGGAUAAAUUAUUAUGAUAGACAGUAUACAUGGACUCACGCUCGUGAUAAUGUUUUAUAUAUUGAUAGAUUGGACAGGUUUGAUGGUUUUAAACAUCAGCUGGGUAUUUUUAAAAGUUGUUACAUCUCGCCCCAAAGUGUAUGCUGGCAUUUUAAUAAGUAUUGAACAGAUGGAUGCACCAUCUAAAUAUUUCUUUAGCCUUGAGAAGAAAAAUGGACAAAAAUGUUUUAUUUACUGUAUGCUUUGCGUUCUGAGGCUGGAAUAAUUUUUAGUCAUGCAGAUAUGUGAGGAAGAGCUUGUGGUUUUUGAGAAUUUAUACAAGAGUGAGUUGGGAGCGGGAUGGGGAUCUAAGAGUGCCUUUUUUGACAGGUUGACUCACGUGUCAGAGGGAGCAAAUGCGGAGCUUUCAGGUGCUUUAAGCCUGGGGGAGUUGCAUAAGGCCCUUCAAGGCAUGGGGUCUGGGAAAGUGCCAGGGAUCGAUGGCAUACCUGUUGAAUUUUAUAAAUCCUUUUGGACAGAGGCAGGGGAGGAUCUAUUACUUAAUGACAGUUUAGGCAAAGGCAGGUUGCCUUUAAGUAGCCGUAGAGCUGGCAUUACUCUCCUACCUAAAAAAGAAGACCUUACUGAAAUUGAGAACUGGCGUCCUGUCUCGCUCCUCUGUUCUGAUUAUAAAUUGCUUUCUAAGGCUCUAGCUAAUCCACAAUGUUCUCAGCGAGUCCACUGUUUGCAACGUGGGUGGAAUUUCUGGUUGGCUAGAGGAAGUGCUUGCUUGCGUGUCAUGCAGUUCGAGUCAUGCUUUUUAAAUGUUGUAAGAUGUCUUUAAAAUUCCCCGGACAAUGUGUGCAGUUAAUGGUUAUCCUAAUAAUCAAGCGAAACUAAAGUUUUAUCUAAAAGACCAAUGUUUGAUCAGAAAUCACUCGCAAAGCCCUCCAGUCCCAGAUGCUGCUUCUUCCAUCGGCUGCCUACAGAAGGAUUCACUUAGGAACAUCUGUUUGAAAAAGCUUGGAAUAAUUGGCUUGUGUGCUCUUUUCACUUUAUUGGCAAGAAGUCAACAGUGGGGAUUACUUAUAUUAUCCACCGUUACGAUCCGUCUACGUCCAGAAAUGGAGCGCAAUUAAUUACAUAAACAAUAGCAUAAACUAACAGGAGUGUGUACAUGUGUUGAAAGUUCAUUAGACAUAUUGUGAGUUUGUUAAUUUCUAUUCAGCUUUGGUCUUUGAGAAUGCUUCACAUGUUUUGGCAUUAUUACUGAUUAUAAAAAGGAACUGUGUUUUACCUGAACUGUCUGUGAGGAGUGAUGAUGUUUUCAACUGUUUUCAUGCUGUGAUCCUAAAUGGAUAAAUUCUACAGUGAAAGACCAUAAUUAUUAGAAGAGACAUGUACAGUAGUGAGAUGUUUUAUCCCGUUUGAAAUUAAUUGUAUUAUGAUUUUACUCUUUCCUGCAUUUUUCCUGCCUGCAGUUCACUUUCUUUUAAGUGUCUUUGCAGAAUGUGCAUGUCUUCCCGUAAGAGGAAAAGGUGAUUUGGAAAACAGUGUGGACAAUAAUUCAGUAUCAAUUAAAUUGAUUUGUUCAGUGCUUUUAAUAACACAUACUGUUUUAUAGGUGCUUUACAGAGAACACUGAACUUUUGUGUACAAUGUUUAUAAUGUAUGUCUAAAUAAAUGUUUAUUUGUAUUGCAUGUAUUUCUUUUUGUUCGGUACAGUUUAUUGUGUGGCUGCUAAGACAUCGUGAUUUCCUACACAAGAUCAAUAAAUUCAAUUUUUCAACAGGAUCAGUUGUUCAGUCAACACUAAAACAUUUCAUGUGGGUUAUAGCAUUUAGAUACGGAGAUUAUGUAAAUUGCCAAGAUUGUUAGAUUGUGCUUACUACACGUUAAUCUCCCGCAAAAUAAUUGUAUUUUAUCUGAAAAACAGCAGCAUGACAGUAUCAUCGCCUCAGUCCUGCAAUACACGAGCACCCUGCUGUCUGGACCUCUCCUGUAUUUGCAGUAAGUACAUAACAAACUCUUCAGGUUCUGACUAGACUCAAUUUAAAAUAACCAUAAUUAUCUACAGCUCUCAAAACAUGUCCAACUUUACAGCUGUGAAGGCGCUAAUAGGCUACAUAGUUUUUCAGGUUAGUCUGCUCAGGUUCUUCCAUCGAUGAAUAAAGUCUCAACAAAAUAACUAAAAUGCUUCUAUUUGCGAUAUUUGGCCAUCAUCCUUAUGCUGAUGAUGUGGUGGUUUUCAUGAAAAUUUCAGAAGAUUUUACAGUUUUAUCAUCAGCAAAGUUAAACUGGAACAAGAGUGAAGCUUUUUAACUUGGACAUUGGUUAAAAGGGAAACCAAACCUUCCUGGUGGUUUAGCCUUGGGAAAAUGAGGUUUUAAGUAUUCAGGAGUGUUUUUAGGAGAUGAAAUGGCCAUACAGAAAGAUUGGGAAGGGGUCAUUGAAAAAGUGAAAGGCAGUCUUGAAAAAUGGAGGUGGUUAACACCAAAAAUGUCAUACAGAGGAAGAAUGUUAAUUGUUAACAAUUUAGUAGCUUCAUGCCUCUGGCCUGUCUAGAUCCUCUUCCACAACUUUUAGCAAAAAUUCAAGCAAGUCUGGUAGAUUUUUUUGGGGAUAAAUUGCAUUAGGUUCCGCAAAGUGUACUGUAUUUACCCAAAGAAGAGGGUGGGCAUGGUUUUAUACAUUUACAAAGUAGGACAGCAACUUUUCACUUGCUGUUUCUACAAAGACUUCUUUUUAGAUCAACAAUGAAUGGUUGACGGGGUGUUACAUGCUCAAUAUUGCACAAAACUGAAGGACUGGGGUUAGACAAAUCCCUGUUUUUAAUGGGCCCUCUUAAAUGAACACAAAUGGAGUGCCAGUGUUUUAUUUGCAAACUCUUUAAAGUUUGGAUUCUUUUUUGCUCACAAAGAGAUGAGAACACUUUUUCUCUUUACUGGCUUUUAGAGGAGCCUUUCAUUAAUGGUGCACGUAACAAACAGCAGUUCUUCUUUUUAUGGACUUAAUGGACUAUUGUUGAAUUAGAAAAUAAUCACUUUGAGAAGUCUGAUUAACACAGCUGGAAUGGACUUUGAAAAAAUAGAGGAAGUAGCUUUAUGCCUAAAAGUCAAAUCUUUGCGGUCAAUUGCACAGAUGCAAUCAAACUGGAAAUCUUUACUCAGAAAUGAGAAAAAAAAGUUACUAAUGGACAUGGAGGAGUAAAUACUCCUAAUAUGGAAGACUUUUUUCCAAGAGUGAUUGUGUUGACUAAAUUAUAUGGUUGUAACAUUGUGUUUGGAUUUAUGUACAGCCACUGGUAAAACAUUUUAUAAAACGUGUUAAAUAAAAAAAAUAAAAAAAAGGUUCUGAAUAAUAAAGUUGACACACCUUGGCGCAAUGUACUUGAAUUAGAAGAGAAUGUAAAACCUUAAUGGAGAUCCCUGUAUAAGCCACCGUUAUCAAAAAGGUUGGGUGAUAUACUGUGGAGAAUUCUUCACUGUGCUAUUGCUGUUAAUGCCUUCGUUUCAACUCUAAAUCCUGAGGUUAGCGCUGAUUGUCCUUUUUGUUUAAAGAGAGAAACUGCUUUUCAUGCUUUUAUGGAAUGUGAUAGACUGCAGCAUUUAUUUAUGGUUUUACAAAAGUUGUUUAAUUAUUUUAAUAAUUUUUUUUUUCUAUGGGAAUUUUUAUAUUUGGUUUUAGAUAUGUCAAGAGGAAGAGUUUUGUUUGUCAAUUGCUACAUUUUAUUUUAGGUCAGGCAAAACUAUCCAUUUAUACGAGUAGGAAAAAUAAGAUUGAACAAUUGUCGGGUCAAGAUGUAAUGUUAUUUAUGAAUCUGGUAAAAUGUUAAUUGAUUUCUGAUUUUAUGUCUAUGAAGGAUCUUUUGAGAUUAAAUGGUGUGGCAAUGGGGCAUUGUUUUUUUACACUUUUGCUGUAAUUAUAAUUUUUGUGUGAUUUAUUUAUUAUUAUUACCUUAAGUGUGUGGUAUAAAAGGUAACUGUGAUUGUUGGAAAAAAAAGUGUUUGUUUAAUUGUCGUGAGUAAUA